AUGGACAAUUUUGAAUUCAUUCGUAAAGAAUAUAACAUAACUGAAACGGGAGCUAAGAGUAACAUAGAUUCAUCAUCGCAUUCAUCGUUUGGGAAAAAUAUAAUUCUUUGUUUUGAUGGAACAAGAGAAAAUUUUGGGCCUCAGCCCUUCACCAACAUCUUGAAAUUGUAUCGCCUUCUUGAAAACAGUGAUGAAUCUAAACAAAUUUGCUAUUACCAACCUGGAAUUGGUUCUGUUGGGUUUGAUGCAGUUGUUGAUGUAAGGAGGCGGUUAAGUAUUUCACAUUUACAGAACUUGUUGGACUCUAUGUUUGCAUUUAGUUUAGACAACCACAUAUGUUCUGCGUAUCUCUUUUUGAUGAGGUAUUUCAAACCAGGGGAUAGGAUUUAUAUGUUUGGUUUUUCUAGAGGAGCCUUUAUUGCAAGAGUUCUUGCGGGAAUGAUUGAAAGGGUCGGCCUUUUGAAUAGCGGACUGGAAGAAAUGGUUGAAAUGGCCUGGCAAAUCUAUGAAAGGUGGGAAUACGACUCACAGCCAAACGAAUUACAGUACACAAGUACCUUAGCUGAAGAAUUCAAGAGGACAUUUUCCAGGGAUUACGAGGUCAAGAUAUACUUCCAGGGCUUAUUUGAUUCUGUGAACUCAGUAGGGAUACUAAGGGACCGAUUGUUUCCCUGUACCCAGAGAAGCAAUAUCGUUGACCAUGUUCGUCAUUGUGUAUCCUUGGACGAAAGGCGUGGGAAAUUCAAGCAGUUAUGCUUCACACCGAUGCCGUAUAUUCCAAAAUUGUUUUCCCUGACAUACGGUAAAUCUUUGACCGACCAGUGCUCGCAAGUAUCGUCCUCUGACUCAUUGAUGCGUGGCCUAGGCCCAGAAAACCCUUUGAUCAAAUAUACUUUAAAGAGUGGUGUACAUUCUAUUGACAAAAUAUCCCCAGUCAUUCCGGAAAAACAUGGAAAGUUGCUAUCGAGUAAAAGUGAGGAAACUACAGAACUAUUGCAGGACUUAAAUACAUUUUUAGAAAGUAAUUCAUGCGCAAGAGAUACGGAAUGUUCGACAAGAGAGAUUGAGGCCAUUUUCCAACUUCAAUCUGUUCAAGGCAGCGGGAAUUCUAGCAGGAUGACUAUGACGCCCGAUUUGGUUGAAAAAUGGUUUCCAGGUGAUCAUUCUGAUAUUGGAGGGGGUUGGGCACCUGACUGUGAGACAGAGGAGAAUUUAUCAAAUUUACCACUGCGAUGGAUCUUAGCAGAGGCAAUCAAGUUUGGAGUUAAAUUUAAACUUGGUUCGAUACACGAGUAUGCUGCCAAACAUACUUCGAUCGGAUCUCUAUUUGCGGAUGCUCAUAAUUAUCUUGAUUUUUGCUCGCCAAGGAAAUGUUCCACAUCGGGUGUGAUGAACAAUGAUGAUGCAGCCCAAAAUGAGCAGACGAGCAGAAAUAAGAAAAUGGAAGAUUCCUUAAAAAAAAUCAAAGAGACCAGACUGAGCUUAAAAGAUGAGGAAGAAAAAAUAAAGGAUGCUUUUACUCAAAAAUGUGGACAUGCAAAUAAGUUCAUGAGAUUGGUAUGGUGGAUAUUAGAAAUGCUUCCCAUUGGAAUAAGGAUGGAAAAUAAGGAAGGAAAAUGGCAAAAUUUUCAUGUACCUAAUCUUGGAAGAUCUCGCUAUGUGCCGGAAUAUGUCAGUUUACAUUGGUCAGUCUAUUGGAGAAUUAAGCUCGAUCUUGGGUACAGACCAGAUAAUUUACCAGAAUAUGUCAGGCAACUGUUUCAAGAUGUGGAAGGAAUCGAUUUAAAGACUAAUAAACUUUCAGACAAAUACAAUGAUCAGGCCCGCACUGAGGAAACUAAAACUAAAGAGGGCGUUUCUGAUAAUGAGGAACAGCACGUCCGGUUAGGACAAAAAGCAAGCUACUUUGCUACGUCAUACAAUGCGAGAUUAUUUGACACUAAAUAUUUACAACUAAAAGAAAAAUUUGUGAAAUGGGGUCGCAGUUCUUGGGCCGACAUUCCUGAUGACUUAGAAGUUUGUUUACAACAGGACAAAUCCCUUUAA